AUGGGUGCUUGUAGUUCAACUAAGAAUAGUUAGAACAAGGAUAAUACUAAAAAUACGUUUAAUUCAAUACUAGCAAACACAUAAGAAGCUCAAAAAACUCAAUAAGAAUUUUUUUGUAUGUAAAAUGAAUAAAGAAUUAAUUUAAACCAAACCGUCUAAAGAAAGUUUAAAAAAUCAGGGACGCUGAGUUACUUUGAAUACAAUCUUGAUAAAAUUUAAACUGAAGGACAAUCAAGUAGAGUUUACAAUAUAUAUGUAUUUAGAAAAUAAUAAAAAAAUGGCUUAGGGUACUCCUUAAUUAAAAAUCAAAGUAAUUGAGGGAAUAGCUUCAAAAGAAUACUCAGUUUAUAAGGGAAUGGUUAAGAUUGACAACAAUUCAAUGAAUCGAAUAAUGCAACAUAACAACCUUGGAAAAUUAGUUAUUAUGUAAUAAUUACCAUAUGAUUAAGAAGGAAAGGAUUAUAUUGAUUGGUUAUAGAAAACCAAUUUGGUAAUUAGUUAAUUAUGAUUUUAAAAGGAAUUUUACCAUAUAGGAAAGAUUUACGAAAUAUUUAUUUAGGGAAAGAAUUUCUAAAUAGUAAGUGAAUAUUGUACAGGAGGUCCAUUAUCAGAGAUUGUUAAAUCACAAAUUGUCUGAAUAGGUAGUAUGCAAUAUUCUUGAUUAAAUGUUUGAAAUCAUUAAUUUUCUGCAUUAAAAUAAUUUAACUCAUAAUUAACUAACAAUAGAUAGCUUUUCUUUUUAUUAUGAUUUGUAAAAUUAUUUGAUAAAGUUGACUGAUUUAAAAAGUAUAUUCAAACCUUCAAGAGAGGUUUAACUUGAAGUUAUUAAAUAUGCAUGUCCUGAAUCUUUUAGAUCUAAUCAUCCUAAUAAAUCUAAUGAUAUUUGGUCAUUAGGAAUUAUUGCUUAUUAAAUUAUUACAAGAAAUUUAAUUUAUGAAGGAGAUUCAACUUUAUCAACUGUUUAAGAAGUAAAAUAAGCAAUAUUAAAAUGGACAACUAAUCAAGAUAUAACAAAUGAAAUAUNA